UAAUGAGAUGAGUAGCUAGAUAAGGGCGGUACGGUGGUGUAGUGGUUAGCACUGUCGCCUUACAGCAAGAAGGUCCUGGGUUCGAGCCCCGUGGCUGGUGAGGGCCUUUCUGUGCGGAGUUUGCAUGUUGUCCGUGUGGGUUUCCUCCGGGUGCUCCGGUUUCAGUCCAAAGACAUGCAGGUUAGGUUAACUGGUGACUCUAAAUUGACCGUAGGUGUGAAUGUGGGUGUGAAUGGUUGUGUGUCUAUGUGUCAGCCCUGUGAUGACCUGGCGACUUGUCCAGGGUGUACCUGGAAAAAUUGUUUGUAUUUUAUCAACCUGAAAAUUAUCGAACCCCAGACCGGUGACCUAUCGCUUAUGACGUCAGUGCAAGAGGUCGGUUGCCCGUUGCUAUGGUGACAGGGAAUGAAAUGAAACGAACGCUUGUAUCUGAGCGAAGUUUGCAGGCAGGUGAGAACGACGGAGGUUUUAACACGAAGUGUCCUGGUGAGAAUGGAUAAUUGUGAUUUGGAAAAGUUGUCAGUGAAGGGUGUGUGUUUGUGCCCUUCGUUCAAGCCGGAAGUGACCUUUUACACCGCCACAGUGCCGAGUGACAGGACCGAGGUGGCCCUGGAGCUGCUGCCCAGCGACUCUGGAGCCUCGUGUAAAAUCCUGUUUGGCAGUGGGUCCAAGUGCUUAAAACUGGAUGAAGGCUUAAACCCAGUCGAGGUGGAAGUAACAGCUGAGGAUGGCACUGUGCAGAAAUACCGCAUUGAGCUGAUGAAGCUGUCCUCCACAGCGGCCCAGCUCACUGAGCUCACUACACAGCCCUGGCUCCAGCUCCAGCCACACUUCUCUCCUCAGCUUUAUGAAUACUCAAGCACGGUGAGUUUUGACUGUUGCACGGUGACAGUGCAACCCCAAGUGCCAGACCCGAACAUGAAAUUGGUGGUGAAUGAGGGCUCCAGCUCUGAUCCUGUGUUUCUGAAUGUUGGAGAUACUGUGGUCACUGUAACAGUUGUGUCACCAGAUGGCACAUAUUCCCAAGCAUACACUAUAACAGUUACUCGGGAACAAAUUCCAUUCGCUGUUACCUUCUGUGAUGUGAAAGACCAGAUGGAGUUUGAAUGUUCUGUAUCUUUAAACGCCCUCUAUAGACCUUUGUCGAUAAAUCCAAGUGACCCAAAAGUUGUCUUCUCAGCGCCAUAUAUUGAUCUGAUGACCCAGAGGUCAAAGGUCCAUCCGUUUACUGGGGCUCCACUGGGAAACGCUUGGAAGCUUCCAGAGACUGAGCUUGACAAUAGGAUAUCCAACACAUCUGUCAGAUGUUUCUUUGCACAUCGUGGGUGCGGGACCACGAUGAAACUUGCAGAGAUUGCUGCACAUGCAAAAGGCUGUUCUUAUAAACCACCACCUAACUUUGAUGCUAAGGAGGUUACUGAAACAAACUGGUACAAAAAAUAUUUCUUAUCAGCACAUAACCUGGAAAUCGAGACAAAGCACUCUGUUCAGAUCCAAAACUGGGAGAAAAGACUACAGACUGCCAUAGAUAAGGACAACAUAGAUGAUUUGUGCAGUCAUGCACAGAGCCAAAUAAAGCUGUAUAAAGAGAAACUUCCAAAACCAGGUGAAAUGCAAAAUGAGACAGGACAGUCACUACUGCAUUGCUUGGAACAGGCAUCCAUCCACUAUGCUACUGCCAUCAAAUUCGAACCCCAAAAUCCGAAACUGCAUUUCCUGCUUGGACAAACCCUUGAGGAGUGUUAUUAUGCUCAAGAAAUGUAUGAUCUAAAAAAGAAGACAGAGAGAGAUGCUACUGAUCUUGGGGAAGCCCAGGCCAGCGGGAUGCAGGAAGAGAUCUGGGCCAUCUGCAAGCUUCAUGGCUUUUUAGGAAUACCUACUUUGGAGAACCAGCUGAAAGCCCUUGACAUGGAGUACCACCAGCUGAAAGAGCAGGGCCAUUCAGAGAAAGCUGAUUACAUCCAGACUCUCUUCAGCUGGCUGUCCAAAAAAGCUAGAAUGGAUAGUAAGGCUGAAGGUUCUGAUGAAGAAACUUCACUCCACAGAGCCCUUCAGAAGUAUCUGGAUGCCUGGUCUCUGAGUCCAGAUAACUGGGAAUUCAACUUGCACGUGGGUCGUCUGCUGCUUUUGCAGGAGAAGAGCAAAGAGGCACUGCAGCACCUACAGACUGCACUAGCCCUCAAACCCUGCCACACAGCCCUAAGGUUCUACACAGGUCUAGCUUUGCUGCAGCAGGACGGAACCUCAGUGGAAGAAGAGAAAGAAGCGACGCUGUUCCUCCAUCAAGGCCUAGAGUAUGUUAUGGGCCAGUACUUUAACUCACAUGAUCAAGACUGCAGGGAGCAGGAACCUGAAGCUGGAUAUUCUCUGUCGAUUGUAAAUGCCCAGUUUUUAAGAGGCUGUCUCAGCCUGGGAGCCUUGCUGUCCAAACACACCACAGUGGGGCAAAUGAUGAGCCCGAUGUUGGUUUAUCAGAAUGUUGCUGUAAUGGCGGCGCAGGCUCUGAGUGUGUGUGUUGGUCAGGGUCAGGUGACUCAGCAGUUAGAGAGGGUGCUGCUGGAUGCCCACUUUACUUCACUUAAAGUUCUCACUGAGCGGGAGGACAUAAUCAAGCAAGCCUGGACAACUAAGAGGUGCCAAGCUCUCUCUGCUCUCAUACGACUCUCCUGCAUCGCCACCUCUAGGGAACUCCUAGACCUGCAGUUAAAGGUGUGUGCAUUGGGAGUCAUGAACACGCCCUGCAACAGCACGGCAUUAUGUCUGCUGGGUCUGGCUCAGCUAGCCCAGUGUGACAGUGACCCUGGCUCAGAAACGGGUCAAGAGGCCUUAGCCAACGCCUGCCUCAGUUUCCAGGCUAGCAUCAUGUUGGAGGGACUGCCAAUAACUGGAGAUCCUCCUGAACAACUGACCAAACAGAAAUGGUGGCAGGAGCACUUGGCUAAAGAGAAGGAGAUAAAAGAAAAGCAAAUCUCCACGAAAGAAGUGAAGGCGAGCAGGCCAUCUGAGCGCACUGGGGCUGGAAGAGGGAUUGGAAAAAGAGCGCCAGUCCAAGGGGGAACUACAGCCACGGCUAAAACGUCUGCUACAACUCGAGGGGUCAAACCCGCAAGAGGAGUGGCUGCGGUUAAGAGGGAUGGAAAAAGUGCAAUCAAACCAGACGCCAAACCCCAGCUUUCUGUCAUUAAGUCCAAACAGGAAUGCAGCACACAACACACUACACCAGCAGCACCUGUGGAGGAGGAGUGUAAGAUCAGUGGUACCACCACUCCGGCAGCUCUGAACUUGAAGUCCCAUACUCCUCGGCUAGGAUUAGCCAGAGCCUUGGCACGUUCUCCAAACUCCCACCAGCAGGCCUGCUCUCUCUACCAAGAGGUUAUCGCCAUGUCUCCACAGGUUCAUGAUGCAUACAUUGAACUGGCAAACCUAUUGGUGGAAAGCGAUCCACAGGCCGCUGUAGACGUUUACAGCAGGUUUCCUUUAAAGCCUGUUAAUGAACAGACAUUUGAUGAUGCCUUCAUCACAGGAGAGAUUGUUCACAUCCUCAUGAAGCAAGAGCUAUAUGAGCAUCCACAGCUGGCUCCUAAUCUAAUUGCAUAUGGGAAAGUCAUGGGGCUCAGUUGCAUUGAAAAGUACAUCGAUGUACUGGAUGGGAAAUACAUGACCGAGCUGCUAAAAACUGUUUAUGCAGGAAUUCAUAACAAAUCAGUGGAGGAUGAAGAUCUUCAAGAGUUUUUCAAGUUUAAAUGCUGGAUAUGAAUGGAUUCAGGUUUCAUGUUACGGUUUCUUUUUCCCCUUCUGUUAUUAUAGCGUUAACAAAACAUCUGCAAGCAAAGAAUCUGCAUAAAUGAAAAGAAAUAUAAAAUGGCAAUUCUGGGAUCAAAAAAUUGUUUAUUAGGUAAAACAUUUCACAGUGUGUCCCCCCCACCCCCACAGACAUUUUAAAGGCUGGGGGGAAAAAAAAUAGAAAUGCAGGCACUAGGACCAUGCGGAAAGAGUGCCUGCUCAAAAUCAGGACAGGGUGCAGGCACUAGGACCAUGCAGAAACAUUCCCCGCUCAAACUGCUGCUCUAUAUAAAACCUGGAGAGCUCAUAGGCUUGUCAGAGUGAAGCCAGCCGGCUGGAACUGUCAUUUAGACCAGUGUUUCUCAGGUGGUGUUUACAUUAGACCGUAUCAGCGGAUCAUCAGAUUAACGUUUUUAAAACGAUUCGCGUGCACACAGCAAUGCCAAUACACGGAUACGCUAAUCACAUGACUAAUUAGACGGCACGCAAGUUGAAAUGUGUCAGUGCGGCUCAGCGCUUCCUCCUCAGCGGCUGUGCUCCAAAUCACUCCGCCCUGAACAGCGAGUGGAGGGUGCGCACUCCGGCCCUGCGCAGCUCACAGAGCGCGCGAGUGAAGCGCAUGAGCAGUGAUUCGGGACUGAGCCGCUGUGUGUGAGAUCCAAGUGCAUAUCGGGCAUGCGCAAGUCACUCACCACUUGCAAGUGGAAGGAUGGCAAGCCUAAAGACAAUCAUAACUACACAAUGGGCAGUAUUUGCAUCUUACCAUGAACAACAUUAAGAAUGACAAAGCAAAGCAUUAUAUUCAUACUUUUAUACUCUUUAAUGAAAAACAAAAAGGUGAUACAAGGCGGAAACAAUAGCAGGAAAUGAAGUCUGCGCCGUUUUUCAGCAGUCGCGUCACAUGACCAACGUGGCAUGAACAACGCCAGCGAAUCAGGAAGGUGGAUGUCACAGUGACGUUGUCCAAUGACGACGUCAGCUAGAGCUCAGCACUGCGUUUCCUCGUAUCUCAAUGUUUACACAGCACCGGAUCAGAUACGAACUGGGUUGAAUACGUGGGCCCUGGCGGAUUCAAGUUGUUCCGCCUGUGGAGUAGUUUCCCGGCGUUUUAAUGUGAACGGACAGUGCACCCGCGACGAAAACGAGCCGGAUACGGUCUAAUGUAAACACCACCUCAGCCACUGGGGCGCAGCCCACUCGCCAUCAAGUGGGCUGCAAAUUUUUUUUUCAAGUUGAAGUUAAUUUUUUACUCGUAGUAGGGUGCGAUUGCUGGGUUGCAUCCGAUGUCACGUGCCUCAUUAAGCUACGGUCACGCUACAGCUCACGAUGCUUUGCAAUGGGUUAUCGAUGAAAAUGAGGCAUUUUGAUGGUGAUAUACAAGUGAGCUAAAACUUGUGGUCACACAGUAGGUGACUUGACGGUCACGCCUUUGUGCGCUUGAGUCUGGCACGCAGAUACAGAGACAAUUUUCACAGAGGCUUUGCGAAGUAUCAUCAAUUAUCACUGUCAUGUUUGUUUCUAGCCAUGUUUAUAAUGGUUUAAAUACUCUGCUUUAUGAUUCUGCUUUUGUAAAUAUCAUGCCUGAUAAUAAACACUCUCCCUGCACUUAGAUCUGUCUACCACCAUCGAUCUUGUGGUGUCCUGAUCCCCAGAUCUUUAACCCAGCCGUGUAUAAAAAGUUGUUCUCCUCCAUGCUCUCCAGGUUUUCAUCGGUUUGUCCGUGUAGUGUAGAACGAUGUCUGCAGCACCAGGUAGUUUGAGAUGUCAGGGAACUUAGAUGGAUAAUUUUCCAACUCGUAGGAAAAGUCCUUCUUUGUUAGCGUGUAAGGAUCUAAUCGCAUUGAGUGGUUUCUAUAUCCACUUCUUGGUUUUAAUAACUUGCUUGUUUGCUGAACACAAACAUGGCAAUAAGUUCUUGUGUUAAUGGACCAGACUCCACUUUUGGAUCAUUAAUCCCUUUUGGCUGAGAAUGUCCUGCAUGCAUGGUUUGGCUUCUGGCACAUCCAUACAGUUUUAAAUACAAUACCUACAGUUACAAACAGCUUGCUUUUCUUGCAUUUAUUUAAUUCCUGGGCUCCCGUCUGUAACAGGGAGUGAUGUCCCAUCCCAUUAAUACACUUUACAGUAGAUUAUUAGAUUCUAAUAGAAGAAAGAAGCCAAAAUAAUUGGAGAUAUUUUUUAAUGGGCCUGACUCGUUACAAGUCUGAAUAGGUGGGUCUUGAAGUAGAAAAGGUUGAGUAGCUCUGAUUUAGACUAGUGGAAGCUACACAAAAUUGGAUAAGUUAUUUCUGUAGUUGGUGAGAAAAAUUAGAAGAAAAAUGCCUACAUGUGUAACAGUGAACUGUACAAAUCGUCCGGUCAAAGAUCGUAAACGGAUAUUUCACCUGGGAGUAUUAAGAUUAUAUAUAAAGGAAGAAGAAAUAUAUGAAAGAGAAAGGUACACUAGGGGCAGCAUGGUGGUGUAGUGGUUAGCACUGUCGCCUCACAACAAGAAGGUUCUGGGUUCGAGCCCAGCAACCGAUGAGGGCCUUUGUGUGGAGUUUGCAUGUUCUCCCUGUUUCCCCCACAGUCCAAAGAAAUGCAGGUUAGGCUAACUGGUGGCUCUAAAUUGAACGUAGGUGUGAAUGUGAGUGGUUGUUUGUCAACUACACGUGUGUCUACCUCCAGCUUGCCCACGACCCUGUAUAAUAGGAUAAGCGGCUACAGAUAAUGGAUGGAAGGAAGGAAGGAAAGGUAGACUGUAUGAGAAAAACUGAAAUAAUCUGAACCAUUCAAAAAAAAAAAGGAUCAGAGACUGAACUGGAAAAGGGAAAAAAAAAAACCUAACAGUGACAGGGAGCGCUAUAAAAGAUGUGUAAGGAAUGGGGGUAAAGUCGAGAAAAUAAGAAGUAAGGGGGGGGGAAGGUCAGGAGAUACUUUUCUUGGGGUAAAUUUGAUCGGAUACCACGGUUUAACACACAAGCCAUAUACACACAAUGGGAGUGGUAAUAUGGCGGCCAGAUGGUUUCACUCGUCUUUACAUCGGGGAAUGGGCUCUGAGAUCUCCAGAUUUUAUAUAGAGUUCAGUGCUGGUUCCCUGUCCACUUUGCUCUCCUCUCGUGCGGUCAAAAACGAUUCAAAUGAUUUGAUUCAAACAAUAGUUGGCAACGUCAGACCCCCCCCAAACAGCAAAAGAUGGCAGACAUGCAUUUAAAAAAAAAAAAAAGUGUGUGAUGUCUUCCAACACACUAAGUUAG